AUGACUACUACCAAUCAAUGGGCUACUUAUCCAAGUAUCGCCAAGACUGCUUCAAUUAAUGGUUUUGCUGACAGCAUCUACGACCUUGUUCCAUCUUGUGCUCAAGACUGUUUGAAAGAAAGUACCGGUUCAACCCCAUGUCCAUACUGGGAUGCUGGAUGUUUGUGUGUUAUGCCACAAUUUGCUGGUGCCAUUGGCGACUGUGUUGCUCAAAACUGUCAGGGUUCUCAAGUUGUUUCAUUUGAGUCAUUGGCCACUUCAAUUUGUUCAUCAGCUGGUGUUUGGGAGCCAUACUUUAUGGUCCCAGCUUCAGUUUCUACUGCUUUGAGCACCGCUGCUGCCGCUAAUGCUGAAACCACUCCAGCAUCAACUGCCGAAGAAGAAACUACUUCAUCUACUGCUGCUGAAACCUCAGCCCCAGAAACCACUGCUCCAGAAACUUCCACUCAAGGUGAAUCAUCUGCUCCAGCCCAAACUUCUGCCCCAGAAACCACUUCUGUUCAAGCAUCUUCUGCUGCUGCAUCCCAAGGAGAACAGCAACAAUCAAGUGCUGAAUCCUCAUCAUCCGUCCCAGCAGAGGGCGGAAGUAGUGCAGGAUCUUCAGCUUCAGCUUCUGUCUUGACUGCUAACGGUGCUGUCAUCCCAGGUGUUGCUAUGGGUGGUGUCAUUGCUGCUUUGGCUGCUUUGAUCUAG